GGUUUGCCUGGAUUAUCCUGCUCCUUUAAUAAUUGGGCUUUAUUUGGGCUAAAUGGCCUUUUAGUUGAUUGGGUGCAGAUAAUUCACGGGCCAACCAGCGUUCUUUGUUAUAAAUAAACGGAUCUGGCUAACGAGCCCAUCAUUCAAUAAACAAACUCAAGAACUAUGGGCCAACGGGUUUUUUGAGUACCCAAGGGGGUCCAAUUGCAGUCAGUAGAAAUAAGAUAACGGAUGGGAUUUACGUUUAUCAUCUUCCUUUAUUAAUUGGGCUUAAUUUGGGCCCUUAUGGGCUUAUGGCUGAUUAGGCCCAUAGAAUUUCUUCUGCCAGGCGAGCAUUCUCUGUUAUAAAAUAAACGGAUCCGGCUAACGGGAACUGGCAUUUAUCAACAAACGCAAGAACUAUGGGCCAACGGGUCUCUUAGUGGACCAAAGGGGGCCAAUUGCAGCCAUUAGAAAUAAGAAAACGACAAAAAAAAAGAAAAAGGAAAAAGUGAACGACGGGUAUUGGUUGGUCAUGGUUGGGUGUGUAACCAAACAAGAACAGAACGGGAGAAAGAUUAGAGCUUAUUCCGGAUUUAGGUUAACUCUUCACCGUCUCACUAUCACCAUCUCUGGUUUUCUUACGCGCCAAACUCUGCAAUUCUCCAUCCCUCUCUCUCUACUUUUCAGGAGAGAUGGGUAGCCAAAUCCCUGCAAGUAAUGAUCGUACGAGGACAUAUUGGACACCUAUAAUGGAGCGCUAUUUUAUUGAUCUUAUGCUGGAGCAGAUGCAUAGAGGGAAUAGGAUUGGGCAUACAUUCAGCAAACAGGCCUGGACAGACAUGCUUACCGUGUUCAAUGCAAAGUUUGGAUCUCAGUAUGACAAAGAUGUCUUAAAAAGUCGUUACACAAACUUAUGGAAGCAAUUCAACGAUGUGAAGAAUCUUCUUGGUCAGAGUGGGUUUUCUUGGGAUGAAUCUCGACAAAUGGUGGUAGCUGAUGAUUAUGUCUGGAAUGCCUACAUCAAGGCUCACCCGGACGCUCGAUCCUACAAGACAAAGGCAGUACUGAAUUUCAAUGAUUUGUGCUUGAUAUAUGGGUAUACAACUGCAGACGGAAGAUAUAGUCGAUCUAGUCAUGAUGUGGACUUUGAUGAUGAAGUCCAAGGAUUAAAUAUGGGUGAUGCGAUGGGUAGCUUCCCCUCAAUGAGUAAUGAGCAUUCACGAACUGAAUGGAAUGCAGAAAUGGACCAAUUUUUUAUUGAGCUUAUGCUUGACCAAGUAGGAAGAGGCAAUAAGGUUGAUAAUACAUUCAACAAACAGGCAUGGACAGACAUGCUUGCUUCAUUUAAUGCUAAAUUCGGUCCUCAACAUGGCAAGAGGGUUUUAAGACAUAGAUACAAGAAACUGUGGAAGUACUACAGUGAUGUGACAGUUAUUCUGAAACAGAAUGGCUUUUCCUGGGAUGAAACACAGCUAAUGAUCAUGGCUGAUAAUGAUGUUUGGGAGUCUUAUAUUAAGGCACAUCCUCAUGCACGAACAUAUAGAAUGAAAACCCUUCCAAACUACAACGAUUUGGUCCUAAUAUAUGGUGAAGCAGUUGAUGAAGGAAGUCUUAAUAAUUUGCCCCAGGAAUAUGACAUCUCUGGAACAACGGCUGGUGACGGGAAGGGAAGUGUGACUCCUAGUAGUGAUCGUACAAGAACAUUUUGGACGCCACCAAUGGAUCGAUAUCUCAUUGACUUGUUGCUAGACCAGGUCCAUAGAGGGAAUAAACUUGGACAGACAUUCAUAACACGGGCUUGGAUUGACAUGGUUACAUCGUUCAAUGUCAAAUUUGGAUCUCACUAUGAUAAAGAUGUUCUCAAGAAUCGAUACAAACAUUUAAGGAGACUGUACAACGACAUAAAGAUUCUUCUCGAGCAAAGUGGGUUCUCGUGGGAUGAAGCAAGGGAUAUGGUAACAGCUGAAGAUAGUGUUUGGGAUGCUUAUAUCAAGUCACAUCCAGAUGCUCGAUCAUACAGAGUUAAAACUGUGCCAAGCUAUCACAAAUUGCGAGUAAUAUUUGGACAAGAAAUUUAUGAUAGAAGAUACAACAGAUUGGCUCAAAAUGUAGGGACUGAUGGCGAUGUAACUGUUUCAAUGACCUGUUGUGGUAAUGAAAAAAAUGAUCAUUUUCCUGGCAGUAUUCAUCAUCUUGGACUUGAAUGGACAGCCCCAAUGGACCGGUUUUUUAUUGACCUUAUGUUAGAACAGGUUUGUGAAGGGAAUAAGAUAGAUCAGGCAUUCAAUGAACAGGCAUGGGUUCAUAUGGUUGAAUCAUUCAAUGAAAAAUUUGGGCUUCAAUUGGACAAGAACAUAUUAGAAAAUCAGUACAUCUGCUUGAUGAAACAAUAUGAUGACAUUAGUGAUCUUCUCAAUCAUAGUGGAUUUGUUUGGGAUGAAGCUAAGCAAAUGGUUGUGGCAAGCGAUGAUGUUUGGGAAGUUUACAUUAAGGAACACCCGGUUGCAGUGUCUUAUAGGGAUAAAUUCUUGGGCAUUUAUAGUGAUUUGUGCAAGAUAUUUGAAGAUAAAGUAUUAGAUGCAACAUCCAAUGGUCAGGUUCUAGGUGUGGAAACUGACCAUGGUGCCCCAAAAGUUAUAUUGGACAGAGCAUGUGGAAACCUACAAACUCCUGGUGGGGACAUUCAUUUAUCUGAUCAACAAAGAAAGCGAUCAACUGCAACACUAGACUUAGGACCGGCAAGCAAAGCACAAAAAACGGACCAGGAGAUGCAGCAGAUGCUUUCCAAGAUGGCUGGUGUAGUCACAAGAUUAGCAAGUCAGAAAGGAAAUAAGAACAAUUCAACAAUAGAGAGUGCAGUUGAUGCACUUCAAGCUCUUCCGGACAUAGAUGAUGAGCUUCUGUUGGAUGCUUGUGAUCUAUUGGAAGAUGAGAGAAAAGCAAAAACUUUUUUGGCAUUGGAUGUUACAUUGCGAAAGAAGUGGCUGCUUAGAAAACUUCGCUCAUAGCAGCAGCCCUUUCGAUGUUUCAAUUCUUAGAAUAUUGAUACUUCCUUUUCCUUUCCUCGAUGGGUAGAGUAUCUAUUCCAAGUUCUGCUAGUAGCUUGAGUUCUUGGCUAUGUCUCAUAUGCAUGGAGGCAAGGUUUUCUGAACCUGGUCCCACAAUUUUGUAGCAUAUACAUGUAAUGAAAACAUGCAGCAUUAUAAGAUAUCCCCCUCAAAACUAGUAGUAUCAUUCUUUUAUAGACAUACAAUAAUCUAAUGUCGCCAAGGAUUCUUUUCC